AUGGCGACCCUCGAAACCCAACCCAGAUACAUUUACAAGAUCAUACCCUCCACGGCCCCAGUGCGCGAGCCCAUCCCCGAGCGACUGCCCGUCAGUGAAUUGGAUCAGGAGUCAGGGUUCAUACAUCUCUCAAUGGCGUCGCAGGUUCCGAACACCUUGAAGUUAUUCUUCAGCGAUGAGCCUUUGGUGUAUAUUGCGCGGAUUCAUUAUGCGGACAUUAUUCAGGAUAUCCGAUGGGAGUCGCCGGAUGGGAAAAUUUGUGGUCCACGUCCCGGCGAGGGGCUUUUUCCGCAUCUAUACAACGGACUCAAACUCGGCAGAGAUGAAGUGGAGAGUGUGGCGAUCUGGCAAAAUGAGGGAGGAUGGGACAAAGCUCUGGACGGCGCGAAACCAUGGCUCCUGUACUAG